AUGGGCGCUGCUUCUUCAACCUACUCAAGCUCCUUUUCUUGUCCAUCUUCUCAAAAGAAAUACGAUGUGUUUCUUAGUUUCAGAGGCGAGGACACUCGCAGAAGCUUCACCAGCCAUCUUCACACUGCUCUAUGCCUCAGAGGUAUCGAAACUUACAUAGAAUAUGAGCUCCCGAAAGGCGACGAUAUCUCCCAAUCACUCAUCCAGGCCAUUGAGGAUUCAACUAUAUCUGUGGUCAUCUUCUCUAAAAGCUAUGGUUCCUCAAAAUGGUGUUUGAAUGAACUCACCAAGAUCCUUGAGUUCAGUGAGAUCCAAGGACAGCUUGUUAUUCCUAUUUUCUAUGAAGUGGACCCAUCUCAUGUACCCAAUCAGAAGGGAACUUACCAGGACGCAUUUGCAAAACAGGAGAGAGAUUUGCAGCGCAAACCUGAGAAGGUCCAAAAAUGGAAACAUGUCCUUUUUGAAACUGCAAGUUUGGCUGGCUGGGACUCUCAAAGCUGUAGGUCAGUCUUCAUUCAUUCUUUAAAGCUGAGAUUCCAUUUAUUCUUGUGA